CCCCGCCCCCUUCCAGAGAUCUGGGCCCAAGCGGUUCCAGCAGCCCCAGGUCCAUUGAAUCUGCCGCCGCUUCCGACGGGCACCUUCGCUCAGCAGUUCCGUCAGCGGAGACUCUGCUCUGUCCUCGGCCGCUUCGUCUGCCUCUCCGGCCUCCGUCUGCUCGAGUUCUCUCGCCUCUGCCUCAAGUGUGAGAAGGGAAAGUUGGGCGACACUGCGCGGUUUCACCCGGACAGAGGUCCAGUCCCGCUCGGAUGAGAGACAGGUGCCCUCUCGCGCAGCCCCGGCCCGGCCACAGCAAGCACGUUCUGCCUCCCGGCCCGCGGGUUCCUUCAGAAGCCACUCGGCGCCUCGCCUGGGACUCCCCCCGGCUCGGGGCCGCGAUGGGACCCACGGCCGCCACCAAGUUCAGGGAGCGCUUGCCGCUCCUGUUUCUCCUGCUGCUGCUGCGGCUGCCUGCGAUCGCGGCGGCGCCCUCGGGGUUGGGCGUGGGCGCGACACGCGGCGGAGAUGCUCUCUCGCUUUCCUACCAUUUCUUCAUCACAUCUCAGGCCAAGCCUGGACAACCAUGGUGUGAGGUUCAAGGCCAGAUCAAUGGCAAAACAUUUCUUUCCUAUGACUGUCAGACCAAGGAGUUCAAACCCAUUGGUCCUUGGGGGAUGAAGCUGAAGGACAGAUCAUUUUGGCAGCAACAGGAGGAAACUGUGAAACUCCUGGUGGAAGAGCUCAGAAAGAAACUGCUGGACAUCAAAGCAGAGAAUUUCACUAAGAGCGGGACAGGUUCUCUCACCAUGCAGGGGAGGCUCAUGUGUGAGCGUGGGGCCGAUGGACACACCAGAGCAUCCUGGCAGUUUCGCUUCAAUGAGUCGAUAACCUACCGCUUUGACCCGAACAACAGAAAGUGGACAGUGGAUCAUUCUGGAGGCCAACAGGUUAAGGACAUGUUGGAUGGUGACAGAGAGCUGACCAUGCUGCUCGUGAGGACCUCCAACGGAGACUGUCAGAGCUGGCUCCAGCAAGUGUGGGAGCACUGGGAUGAAACCCAGGAGACCACAGGAGCACCAGCCACAACACUGCAUGUAGCUCUGUUCAAAGGCGCAGCCAUCAGGCCGAUCGCUUCCGUCUUCCUUGUGGUCCUCACGCACUCAGUCCUCCUUGUCGUCCAAGGCAUAGUCCUAUGAGUACCAGAGGCUGAAGUUGCUAAAAGAAGGGCCUGAGGAUGUGCUCUCCUGCACCUGCUCUCCCUUCUGGUGAGUGACCUUCUACCUGCUGUUCAUGUCCACCAAUGGGACCUUCCAUCCCUAUGGCAAAAGCGGAAUCCUCCAGUCCUUCAGGAGAUUGUGAUUAUGGUGGAGAUAUAGUAUUUCCCUGCCUUCGUUCUCCGUCAUGAUGAUCUUUUUCUUAACACUGAUGUUCUGGUGCUAACUGUUGGGAUUCCUGGACUUGGCCUUCUAACUGCCUGAACAAGAAUUCUGAACAAAGAGAUUAUUUCCCAGGUUCUCCUUUGGUAUUGGAAAUCAGACACUUGUCAAUAUCACGAGCCGCUCAUUGCUGAAAAAAUACUGUGUGAAAGCAGAGAAUCUCAGGGCUUCUUUCUUUUGAGACUCAGAUCUUUUAAAUAGAACAAGAUUAUAUUUAUGAUAGUUUAUCCUUUAAACUUUAAUUUAUCCUUUAAGUAAGUAUUUAAAUAAAAUAUUAAAGGUUACAUUAUUUCAGAAGUUUACACUAUAACGCAAUGGAAAUAAAUGGCAUUCAGUCUCUCUGAAACCACCUCUCAAGUAGUCAUUUGUAAGUGUCAAACAUGAUCCUGACACUCUGGGUGCAGAAAAAAUUCUGGAAAUGAAGCAAUGAGAUUUGGAUUUCCCCGGACCAGACAUCUCCAGCAGUGACUCUCCUUUGAUUCCUCCCCUCCAACUCACCUCCUUCAGGCACAGUGAGUCUUCAAGAAGGAAACAGAUCUGCUUCUAAAAGUUGAGAUGCCCUUCAACAGGCAAAUAGAUAAAGAAGAUGUGGUCCAUAAAAAUAAGGGAAUAUUACCCAGCCAUCAGAAAGGAUGAAUACCCAACUUUUGCAUCACAUAGAUGGGACUGGAGGAGAUUAUGCUGAGUGAAAUAAGUCAAGCAAAGAAAGUCAAUUAUCAUAUGGUUUCGCUUACUUGUGGAGCAUAAGGAAUAGCAUGGAGAACAUUAGGAGAAGGAAGGGAAAAACGAAGGGGGAGGAAUUGGAGGGGGAGACUGUGGACUCUGAGAAACUGAGAGUUUUAGAGGGGGAGGGUGGGGGCAUGGGUGAGCCUAGUGGUGGGUAUUAAGGAGGGCACGUAUCACGUGGAGCACUGGGUGUUAUAUGCAUACAGUGAAUCAUGGAACACUACAUCAAAAACUAAUGAUGUACUAUAUGGUGACGAACAUAACAUAAUAAAAAAUAGUAAUAAUAAAAAAUUGUUUUAUCAUGGACAAAGGAUGAGUAUCCAGAAUAUAUAAAGAGCUCCUACAAACACACUGGAACAAGUAUGGUUCUCCAAAGCUGCAGUACAUGGCAAAUAAGCCUAUGAAAAGAUCGAAAAUCUCACAAAUAAUCAAGAAAACUCUACUUGGAAGGACAAUGGGAAUAGACAAAGCUGGUAAAAGGUACAAACUUGCAGGUAUGAGACUCAUAAA